AUGGCGCCCCACGGUGAUGAUGACCUCUACCACCCAGUCGAUGCUCUCAAGGCCGGCAUACAGGGCGCCAUGAUCACCGGUGCCGCUGGUGUCUUCGCGGCCGGCAUUAAGAACGCGACCAGAAAACAGAACUUCGGUGCAUUGGGCAUCUUCACACGCAGCGGCGGCACCAUCUUCACCUUCACUGCCGUCGGCGGUGUCUACGAGUUCGCCCGCAGCGCAGCCGCCAACCUGCGUGAGAAGAAGGACCACUACAAUGCAGGCAUUGGAGGUUUCUUUGCUGGUUCUAUUCUGGGUGUCAGAGCUGGUCGGAUGCCUGCGAUCCUCGGCUACGGCGCCUUUACCUCGAUCAUUCUCACAGCCUUCGAGUACACAGGUGGAAGUCUAAAGGGAAAGAAGCCAGAGAUAGAGGGAAUGGAUGAGUUCGAGAGGAAACAGCACCUGAGGACGAACAGGAGGCGACCGCUCGAGGAGACAUUAGCAGAAGUUGGAGAGGGACGAGGUAUUGAGCCACCAGGGUACCACGAGCGGCGCCGAGAGAGACUAAGAGAGACGUACGGUGUCGAGAUCAACCCAGUCUCGACACAGGCAUAG